UACACUUCUAUUAAAUAAACAUGUAUUGCCUGCUAAUUCAUCCAUACGAUUUGAUCAGAGCUGCUUAUCCGUGCGUGUGAAGAUAAAUUAAAUGAUAUGAUCCAUGGCUGCAUUUCUAAUGUACUUUGUGCUGGCUGUAGUGGUGACUCUGCUCUUUUUAUCAUGCACAUCUCCUCAAUACACACGCCCCUGUCGUCCGCAGUUGGGUGGGGGAAGGAGAGUAACAUAUGUUUACACAGAAACAACUUAUUAUUCCUGAAUUCUUUACAUUCUCCCAUCACUUUUCUAAAACAGAAGAAACAGGAAAACAACAUUGCUAAACAAGCGAGAGUGGCAGUCCAUCCCAUUUCUGCUGUGCGUUCCGGUAUAAUGUCUAAGCAAGAUGCAGAGGAUACGAAUUCUCAUGGGUCUAUGGAAAGGGAUUUGCUUGUUGUAGGACCUGGUGUGCUUGGUCGACUAGUAGCAGAAAAAUGGUUACAGGAGAGCCCAUCUUGUCACGUAUUUGGCCUAACAAGGACAACAAAUCAUCAUGAGGAGCUACAUAGCCUCGGCAUUAAAACAAUCAUUAGAGGGUCUGAAUUGAGGAAGCGUUUUCCAUUUGUUAUUUUCUGCGCUCCGCCAUCUGGAAAUGAAGAUUACUCUUCUGAAAUCAGGGCAGCAAUAAUGCAAUGGAGUGGAGAAGGGUCAUUUUUGUUUACGUCAAGUUCAGCUGUGUAUGAUUGCUAUGACAAUGGCUUGUGUGGGGAGGAGUGUCCGACAGUGCCUAUGGGAAGGAGUGCUCGUACGGAUACUUUGCUUAUGGCAGAGGCAGAAGCAUUGAAAGGUGGUGGCAAUGUUAUUCGGUUGGCAGGGUUAUAUAAGCUAGACAGAGGUGCUCAUAUGUAUUAUUUAAAGAAGGGAAGUGUUGAUGCACACCCAGAACAUAUUAUUAAUCUUAUUCAUUAUGAGGAUGCAGCUUCCUUAUGCAAGAUUAUCUUGGAAAAGAGAUAUCAGGGUCGUGUUUUUAUGGGUUGCGAUAACUGCCCUCUAUCCAGGGAGAAGAUGAUGGAAUAUGUAACCAAAAGUGGGAAAUUUAAAGAGAACUUUCAGGGUUUCACAGGUUUAACUGGGCCACUGGGAAAGCAAAUGGACAAUUCAAAAACUCGUAAUAAGAUUGGGUGGGUACCAAAAUACCGAAACUUUUCUGAGUUUCUUGGAGUUACAAGUUAAGAAGAAAGUUUAUCACUUUCACAAAAUUCAUUUCCUUUGGGAUUUGACCCCGAGUAUUUCAUUUGAAUGCUCAAAGGACUACGGAGGUUUUGUACAUGCUUCCGAGGGUGCUUCUAAUGUGCUUGUUAGUUGUGUUGGUGUAGUGCUAUAAGGUAAAGAAUGUAAGGAAAUUUCAGGCACUCCAUUAUUGCCAAGUUAUCAUAUUUCAGUACUCAUCUUGUGGACGGCAAAAGAAAACAUGGUGUAUAUUAUAUAAGUUUGCUAGAAAGCCUUUCAUGGGUUCUUUGAAAAUGAAGCUUUCAAUUCAUUGUAUACAAAGUUGGACAACAUUAAUGUGUGGACUAAAAUGGAUGUAUUUCGUUUGGCAUUAGGUUAUCUUUGUGCUAUAAAUGAACUAUAGGCUGAAUUAUUUAGAUUUGUAA